CCCCCGCCCCCAGCUCAGAGCUGCUCGGUGCAUUUCUCUCUCCCCUCCGCCCCGCCCGGCUUCGAGAUGCCCAAUUUCGCCGGGAACUGGAAGAUGAAGCACUCGGAGAACUUCGAGGAGCUGCUGAAAGCUUUGAGCGUCAACGUGAUGCUGAGGAAGAUCGCGGUGGCCGCGGCUUCCAAGCCGGCCGUGGAGAUCAAGCAAGACGGCGAGACCUUCUAUAUCAAGACCUCCACCACGGUGCGCACCACCGAGAUCAACUUCAAGAUUGGGGAAGAGUUCGAGGAGCAGACUGUGGACGGGCGCCCCUGCAAGAGCCUGGCCAAAUGGGAAAGUGAGAACAAAAUGGUCUGCGAACAAAGGUUGCUGAAGGGGGAAGGGCCCAAGACCGGCUGGUCCCGGGAAAUGACCAACGAUGGAGAGCUCAUUCUGACCAUGACAGCCGACGACGUGGUCUGCACACGGAUCUACGUCAGGGAGUGAUACGCCCCGCUGGGCAGCGGCGGGUACUCCUGGCACUGCCCCCUUCCCGCUUGCCAAUUGCAGCCUCUCCGCCGACCUUCAGUAACCACUCCGCCGGACUCCAGAGUAUCCCGUUUACAUGAUGCAGCCCAGCGGCACCGCUCCACUUCAUAUUCCACUAUCAGCCCGUCUCCUUCCCUCUCCCCCCGCUCCUCCCACAGCCUCUCUUUGUCCACACAGCCCACAGAGCAAAGCGAACUCCUCCCAGCCCCUCGUCCAAGUGGGUGACACAGAGGGUCACCGUGUAUCCACCCCCACCUUGGCUAGAGGUGACGCUAAUGAAGCUGUCACCCCCAGCCACAGGGGGUUUGCCUGAUUUGCGCCAGGAUGGGGAAGGGGCCUUCUCUCAGCCAGUUCACGGUGGGCCCUGGAGAAUCCUCACCUUGGUCUGUGCUCUGCUCGGAGAUGACCCUGAGCCAAAGCCGCUUUCUAUCAGCUUCGGUGGGGCUGGCCCAUGUCCUGAGCAAACCUGGCCGUGCCUUGAAGUCACGGGAAUUGGGAUGUGAAUUAGCAGCCCACGGCUUGCUGGGCUGAGGGUUCUGCUUUGCCACUUCUGGCCGAUUUUGAGGCCCCUGGAGUAUGAGCCGGGUUAAGACAAUGAGGGCCACUCCGCACUGAUUUAGCCACCCGCUGCCGAAAUGCUUGGCAGUUCUGAGACACAUCUGCAUUUCCAGGUGCUGUAUCCCCAAGGCCUGAUUCUGGGUUAUUCCAUUCCUGCACGUGGAGCCGGGAUGUGGGCGAAUGGGUUCAGGUGGCUUUGACCUUCUCGUAUUCUGGUGCUGUGCCCAGCCCACGGUGUAAGUUAGAGCAGCCUCAGGGCUGCUCUUCAUUGUCCUCUGCCCCCAUGACCUCCCGAAUGCAGGGAGUACCUGUAGUGCACUGCACGCUGGCAAUACCCCCAAUUUCCUCUUCUCUGGGAGCAGGGCUAGUGGAGACCCCUUACCCCAGCUCCACACCGGCCAGGGAGCCCACUGACAGUUGUACUAGAGGCGUGAAUUUAAACUGACACAACUCCAUUGGUGCAUGCUUUUAAACCGGAAUAAGAGCAUCCACAUGCAGGAGUCUGCCCUAGUUAAAGUGAACUGGUUUUAAAACCGAUUUCAGUUCAACGGGUGCAACUUUCCUGUGUAGACAAGAUCUUCGUUCCCGUGGGACAAACAGCUUAGCAGCAGUGCACUGAGGAGAUCAGAUUCCCUUCUAGAGUGGGGCUGAAGCCACUUAUAGGGCAGAACCCAAAGGCACCUGGAUUGUACUUGAACUGUGGGCAAAUAGAGCACUGAUUCUCCUCCCCACCCUUUUAUUUCCCCUCUCUCCGGAUGGAAUUUACCCCUGUGCGCAAAGCCUGUGUGUAACCACCCUGAUGCCGCACACUGCUUUGUCCUGGCAUUGAUUUUAUUUUAUACGGAAUAUUUUUCCAUAUUCCCGUAGGAAGAAGCUGUAACCUAGUUGAGAUGCAUUCCUCUUCCCGUGUAGGGCCUUGUGCUUUCUCUCUCCUCUCUCAGUAGUUGCAACUUUCUCUGAGUAUUUAUUUGUUAAUAUUUUAUUAAAAAGGAACCCCUGAACAAGCCUGUCUCCUGCAGGUCUGCGCAGCAUUGGAUCUUGCCUGGAACACAAUGUCCUUCCAACACAACUCUCUCUA